CAUCGCCGCGGCGCGCUUUCCCUCAUCCAUUCAUUACCUCUCUCCCGUUUAUCUGAGUUCCGAUUGUACCCGCUGUCCGCCGCUCGCGCUCCACCGCUUCACCGCUCGAGUCGCAGCAGCUCGACAGUCGACGCUCGGAUCUGGCCAGUGUUCUCCUACCCUCGGUUCUGAUCGCACGUCCCUCGCGUCUCCUCCGACCCGCGAACACGCACCACGACACUCGAGUCGUACGGUUUUAUCGCCGGUUAUUAUUGCCACUAUAAUACUUACCGGCUGUUUGUUUAACUACCAGUUUACGACCACUCGGUGGCGUUUACGACGUUUUUACGGCCCGAUUCGUCCCGCCACUUCAGAGGUCGCCCGACCCUCUCCGGAUUUUUAUUGACUUUUAAGUGACUCGAACUGUGACAGUGCCACCUGUGAGUAGAGUAGAAGAUGUCUCUGUGAUUAUUCUUGUGUCGGUGUUCCUAGAAUCUCGUGACAUUGUUUAAGAUGUCCGAUUCGGAUCGUUGGAGUGCUUGAAAAUUCCUUGAUAGGAGUUUACCCUCUCGAAUUUGAAAAUAUAUGAGUUUUUCCCUCUGAACAGUUACCGGCUACUACAGCCGGUCCAAGGCUUACAAACGGAGAUCUUCAGUGAUUACGAGAAAAUGAACUCUUAUUUUGAGCAGAGUGGCUUCUAUGGAAGUCACCAUCAUCAGACGGCCGGGGCUGGUCACCACCACGACCAGACCGCCGCAGCCGCUGCAGCCUACCGUUUCCCUCUGGGUCUGGGGAUGUCACCGUACGCGUCCAGCCAACACCAUCACCACCAUUCCCUCCACCAGUCCAGGCCACCACAGGACUCUCCUUACGACGCCUCGGUCGCCGCGGCUUGUAAGCUCUAUUCCUCCUCUAACGACACACAACAGUCCAGCAUCAACUACAGCACUUCCAAGCCCGACUGCUCAAAGUCCAGCUCAGAGUCCGCCCACCAGAACGGCUACGCCGCCGUGGUCGCCGCAGCCGCCAAGGACGUCUCCGUCUGGCAGAGCACCACCGGAGGGUCGGCCAACUCCAACUCCCUCGUGGGCCCCGUAAGGCCCGCCGCUUGCACCCCGGACAGCCGUGUCGGCGGGUACAGCUCGGUAGGGUUGGUCGGAGGAGAUCCUGCUUCCAGUCCAGGAGCCGCCGGAGGAGGAAGGACCUCCUCUUCUGCGAGUCUCGGAGGCUCCUGGAAUACUUGCUCGCUGAACACGUCCUCCAGUCAGCCAGCGGUUCCCACCCAAUUGCAUCAGCAACCUGCCAACCACACUUUCUACCCUUGGAUGGCCAUAGCAGGAGCGAACGGGCUCCGACGAAGAGGGCGCCAGACGUACACCAGGUACCAGACUCUGGAGUUGGAGAAGGAGUUCCACACGAACCACUACCUGACGAGGAGACGGAGGAUCGAGAUGGCACACGCCCUCUGCCUGACGGAGCGUCAGAUCAAGAUCUGGUUCCAGAACAGGAGGAUGAAGCUGAAGAAAGAAAUACAGGCAAUAAAGGAGUUAAAUGAGCAAGAGAAACAAGCACAAGCGCAAAAAGCCGCAGCGGCUGCUCUUGCUGCACAGGCAGCAGAUCAUUAACUUUCUAAAUCGACAUUUUUACGUUACUUAACAUUUUUUAUUGUGAUUUUUUUUAGGGGGGUAUAUUUUUUGUUUUGUGGGACUGUGUGAGUGCGUGUGUGAAGUGAAGACCCUUUGGAGUCAUUCCAUCAUUAGCUCUUUUGGAUACUUCUGGAGCUAUUAACUCAUCACGAUGGGAUCUACUUCUCUAAGACUGAGUGUGGAGCAUGGGUUGCAGAUGAAACGUUCCUACGAAUUUUCCUAAGCUGGAUCCUGGGCUAGAAACGGUAGUGUGGUUCAUGUACUAUGAUGGACAAAAGUAUAUAGAUACAUGUAUAUAAUAUAUAACAACCAAAUAAUCUAAAUUGUAAAAAUAAUUUCACAUCCAAAGAUAAAUGACAUUAUUUGAGGACGUUUUCUAGACGGACAUAUUUUGAGACGCUAUUGUUGUAUAUUUCUAUGUACUUAAGUGUCUAGACUUAUCUUAAUAUUUGAAGUGUGUAUAUGUAUUGCUAAACUGUCGUUGUGUGCCAUUUUUAAAUACGUAAAACGAUAUUAGUAGAUGAAUAAGACCUUUUAUUCGUAAUUAUGCUUCAUGGCUUAUUCAAAAACGUAACGCUUAAUAUUCUAUUUACAAAAUUCUAAUGUGUAUUAAAUUUAAUAGUUUUAAAAAUAUAAUAAUUACAAAUUAUUGUAGCCUAUAUCUGGCCUUUCAAUGUACUUGUAAAGAACAGAAAAGUUUCACAGUUUCUAAAACAUUUAAACAAUUUUAAAAGAAAAAACUACGUUUUGUUAAUACUUGUAUAAUACAAAUAAUUUAGUUAGACUAUGAAUUUGCAUACUUUCAAAUAUAGAUAAGAAAAACAAAUGUAAUAAUACAUAAUAGAUCUCCGAACGUAGAAGUUUGGUUUUAUCUUGUAUAAAUAAAAAGUGUUCAUCCUUAAGAAAAUAAUGUAGAAAAGAUUUUUAAAACUAUUUUUAAAAUUUAAUUGUUUAAACUAAUUAAAAUUGUUUUAUUAUUAUUUGUAUUGUUGUGUUUAAAAUGUUUUCAAUGGUUGUUAUAAUUUAGUUAUGUUAUUGUAACAAGGCAUAAGUGUUUGGGCAUUAAGUAUUUUUAUUAUUUCACAUCUAUUUCUUGUAAAUUUCCAUUGAAUCGUUUCAAAAUAUUCAUAUUUUGAGAAUAUGAUAUUUAUAAAUAACAUAAUACUAACUUAUUGAAUGGUAAACUUUUUCUAAUGAUAUAAAUAAAAUCAAUUCUUUUUUAUCAAAUAUAUAUGUAUGAAUUUGGAACAUAAAAUACGAUUUUAAUAUUUUUAUAUUUUCAAUAGCAUAGAGAAUACCUUGAAGUUUAUUGUAUGAAGUUUUAAGUACCUACUCUGAUAAGUAAUUAUAACAUCGUAGUCAACGUAAGAUUUCCCAUCUUAAUAAAGUAAUACGUUUUUUAUGACAAACUUCAUUCAAAGCAAUAAACAGUUUGUAACAAGUAUAGAAAUAGUUGUAGGUUAAAUUUUCCCUUGUUCUGCUAGAAAAUGGUCUAUUAACAAUGAUAUUUAUACCAGAAUACGUACUAUUUUGUAGUCAUGUUGUAUAUUUUGUUUGUAAUUAGUUGUGUUUUUUGUUUUGUGAUAGCGGUGUUAUCUACAUUUAUAUCUUUUAUAAUUCGUUUUCUUUUAGAUCAUUUACCGAUAUAAAGUAUGUUACAUAACUAAAAGUGUUUUAGUUAUUUAUUUUAGUAUAUACGGCUAGUGUAUUUGGCAUUCUUACAACGAUAUUAUUAGACUUGCAGCGAUGUGUAUGCACUGUAAAUAUUGUGUAAAUCAAACUCUCCGUACUUACAUGACGGCAGUAACUUAACAUUUGCUAAGUACAGGACGGCGAAUAAAAUAAUAUUUACUUUUAUUCCGUUCGUUUCGGAUAUGUCCCUGGUAUGGAUUAAUUUACUUCCGGUGGAAUGCCAGAUUUGUACAAAUGUUUAAAUGAAUAAAACUAAGAAGAUCUAUUGAAUUUAUUAAUUUGAAAUUAUUAGUAUUGAUUUAGUUUUUAAUAACAGAGUUGUUUAAAUUAUAAAAAUUAUAAUAUAUUUUUAUCUAAAUUUAUAAAAAACAUGAUAGAAACGACUCGCUUACUUUAGAUUUAGAUUCUAACACUUCUCGUUUCUAAGAUUAUGAAAUCUAAUCUAAUUUUAAAUGUUAUAACAGAGGAAAGAUUCUUCCGUUUUUUCAUUUUUAAACUGAUUUCUGUUCUUGAGGAUGAAAUGAAUUUGUUGCAUAAAAUUAUUUCAAUAGCAUAAAAUGUUAAAGCUAAUAAACAGGUUUGACUUAUAAAUUUACACGUAAUUUUUAACGUUUUGUAUAUUAGUUUAAAAUAGCCCUUAAGUGAGAUUUUGUUCCACAACUGCAGGGGUAUUUUUCCAGUUCCGUCCGUGAAAGGUAGCGUAAUUAAUAAUUUCAUUUUAGUCCUUCAUCUAACCUUUGCUAUCCAAGCUGCACACCUUUCUGUGUUGUUAAAUUAAGUUACAUUCUUGAAUUUAUUUGAGAUCUUUUAAAAGUAUUUGUUUAUAUAUUUGUACGCAGUAUUGACCUCUGCAGUUGUAUUUAAGUGUUGUAGAUGGUUUUGUUUCUAUUGUGAAUAUGCUUUUAAAUGUUGCUCAAUCUGACACUAUGUAUACCGCGAUUGAUACGAUAUGUUAGGUACAAGACAGCAUACAGAUCCUAUACAAUAUGUGUGUAUUUGUGUAUUGUAAUUUAUUUUAAAUAAACGGAAAUGUUGUAAGUUUUA